GCAUCUGGCAUCUGAAGUCUUUAAAGUUUAACUAAAAAAAAACUAGAAACUUGUAAAACUUGAAAGCUAUAGCUAGCCACUCUUUAAAACAAAACCCUCUCUCAAAAACAAAAAAACUCAACAAGGCUGCGCCGUCCGAGUCGCCUCGUUCUUUUGACCGAGUCGGACUCGCCCAGUGUUCGCCAUGGACGGCCUCGAUCGCUCUCGAGCUUUCUUGAAAGAAGUCAAGCGCCUCGUUAUCAAGGUAGGGACUGCUGUUGUUACUCGAGCCGAUGGAAGACUAGCGCUAGGAAGACUAGGAGCACUAUGUGAACAGAUUAAAGAUUUGAACGCUCAAGGUUACGAGGUUAUUGUAGUGUCGUCGGGUGCUGUCGGCCUUGGCCGCCAACGGCUUAAAUACAGGAGAUUAGUUAACAGCAGCUUUGCUGAUCUCCAAAAACCACAAGUUGAGCUUGAUGGAAAGGCAUGUGCCGCUGUUGGACAAAAUUGUCUUAUGGCUCUCUAUGAUACAUUGUUUAGUCAGCUGGAUGUCACAUCGGCUCAGCUUCUUGUAACAGAUAAUGAUUUUAGGGACAAAGCUUUUAGAAAUCAACUUAGUGAAACUGUACAGUCAUUAUUAGCUCUCAAGGUUAUUCCAAUUUUCAAUGAAAAUGAUGCAGUCAGCACCAGGAGAGCUCCAUAUGAGGAUUCUUCUGGUAUAUUUUGGGAUAAUGACAGUUUGGCUGCUCUGCUAGCUUUGGAGCUAAAGGCUGAUCUUCUUGUUUUGUUGAGUGAUGUAGAGGGUCUCUAUAGUGGCCCUCCAAGUGACCCAAAGUCAAAGCUAAUCCAUACAUAUGUUAAGGAAAAACAUCAAGGUGGAAUUACCUUUGGAGACAAGUCCAGGGUGGGAAGAGGGGGCAUGACUGCAAAAGUAAAAGCUGCUGUCAAUGCAGCUUAUGCCGGCAUCCCUGUUGUUAUCACCAGUGGGUAUGCUCCUGAAAACAUUAUUAAAGUCCUUCAAGGAGAGUGUCUUGGAACCCUCUUUCACCAAGAUGCACAUUUAUGGGCCACAGUUAAAGAAUGUAGUUCACGUGAGAUGGCAGUUGCAGCAAGGGAAAGCUCCAGGCGGCUUCAGGCCAUUUCUUCACAUGAUAGGAAAAAAAUUCUGCUGGACAUAGCUGAUGCCCUAGAAGCAAAUGAAAAACUGAUUAAAACAGAAAAUGAAGCUGAUGUUACUACUGCACAACAGGCAGGAUAUGAAAAGUCCUUGAUAGCUCGGCUGGCUCUAAAGCCUGGGAAGAUUUCAAGCCUUGCAAACUCAAUACGUGUGCUUGCAAACAUGGAAGAUCCAAUUGGUCGCAUUCUGAAGAGAACUGAGCUUGCAGAUGGACUUGUAUUAGAGAAAACAUCAUCUCCCUUGGGUGUUCUCCUGAUUGUUUUUGAGUCACGUCCUGAUGCGCUGGUGCAGAUAGCUUCAUUAGCAAUCCGGAGUGGGAAUGGACUUCUCCUGAAAGGAGGAAAGGAGGCCAAGCGCUCAAAUGCAAUCUUGCACAAGAUUAUCACUGAUGCCAUCCCGGAUAGUGUUGGUGGAAAACUUAUUGGACUUGUAACUUCAAGAGAGGAGAUUCCUGAUCUGCUUAAGCUCGAUGAUGUGAUUGACCUUGUAAUUCCAAGGGGCAGCAAUAAACUUGUAUCUCAAAUCAAGAACUCUACUAAAAUUCCAGUUCUGGGUCAUGCAGAUGGAAUUUGCCAUGUUUACCUCGAUAAGUCUGCUAACAUGGAUAUGGCAAAGCGAAUCGUUGUGGAUGCAAAAGUAGAUUAUCCAGCAGCCUGUAAUGCAAUGGAAACACUUCUUGUUCACAAGGAUUUGAGUCAGAGUGAAGGACUAUCUGAGCUUAUUGUUGACCUUCGGGUUGAAGGUGUUACUUUAUAUGGUGGACCACGGGCAAGCUCCCUGCUGAAUUUUCCCGAGGCCAGGUCAUUUCAUCAUGAGUACAAUUCACUGGCUUGCACUGUUGAAAUUGUGGAUGAUGUAUAUGCAGCCAUAGAUCAUAUACAUCAACAUGGAAGCGCACAUACUGAUUGCAUCAUUGCAGAAGACCGGGAAGUUGCUGAAGUUUUCCUUCACCAAGUUGACAGUGCUGCUGUUUUUCACAAUGCAAGUACCAGAUUUUGUGAUGGGGCUCGGUUUGGACUAGGUGCCGAGGUUGGGAUAAGUACAAGCCGGAUUCAUGCUCGGGGUCCAGUAGGAGUUGAAGGACUGUUAACAACACGAUGGAUUCUCAAAGGAAGUGGACAAGUGGUUGAUGGUGAUAAAGACAUAGUUUACACCCACAAGGACCUCACAAACGAAUCCUGAGUUUGUGGCAAGAGCUUCAGCUGUUCAGCCCACAAGCUGGAAAUAAGGGAAAAGAAGAAGUGAGAGAAUAAAAAUGUUGUGUUGGCUGUUGUUUCCUAUAUAUCAGUAGUGUAUUAUAAGGUAGGUUUGAUAUUAGUUUCUUAGUUCAACUUGGCAAAGAAAUAGCCGACCCUGAUGAAAUCAUAACCAUCUCAUCAGUCCUUUGGCCUGAUAAUUACUGGUGCAGUUUAUUGAUUGACUUUAUUGCUAGUGACCCCAAAUAUUUAUCUUAAACAACGCUUAUUUACAA